GUCAUCACGGGCAAAGGGAAUGAUUUCUCGUCCAGAAGAAGAAACUGUGCAAGAUUUUCCGUUCUAGCCGUUUUCCCCGUGCCGUGUUUGAAACUCGCGAUCCGGAAACGGAAUCCGAUAGAAUCGCCAUACCGUGUAACCAUCCUCGCUAGUGUGAAAGGCGAAAGAAAAAAGAGGUGAAAACGUCGCUCUCCAAUUUCGUCCCAAAAGUGGCAAGUAGGGGGAAAAAAAGCUAACUCCAAUGCCAUUGUGCCCAUCGUUGUUCCAGUGUGUCGUCAGUUUUCCGAAUCGACAUUAAACAGGGAAAAGCAACCAAAUUUGUGCUACCUUGCUGGAUAGCUGUGGAUGCAUUGCGUUGCUGCAUAAUAACGAAACCAAUAGCGAUUGUGUGGUGUUGGGGUGGGUCACGCCGACACAGUGGGGGAAAACAUAUUUCCUACCGAAACGAUUAUGUGAAUAGUUUUUCCUCAGCAGUCCCCAUUGCGCGCUGUGCUAUUUAGGUGUGCGAGUGCGAGCGUGUGUGUGGUGCGUGUUGUGUAUGUGCGUGUGCGUGUGUGUGAACCGUGCAUAUUAGUAUUGCGCGUGAGUGUGUGUCCCGUACAUCGUGUAUGUGUGUUUACCGCUGAAGCACACACAUAGAAAAAAAGCGAACAAAUUGUGCAUUAUUCGGGCUGAAAAUUGUGUCACACGGUGUGUCGCAGGUGCCCAACCAGACGGGUGCACCAACGGGGGUGGGGCGAACGUGCAAUUCCCGAUUCAAUAGGAAUUCCCUCUGUUUCACGGAUCGGAAGGUCGAGGGGUGGUAAUCCGCUCCACUAUCGAUCAUAUUGUCGCUGUCACGGCGAAGGAAGCAGUAGCAGCAGCAGCGAGCACCCUGAGAAGUGAAUCGUGUCCGUGUUGUUUUGGGGCGGUUUAUCGUGACAACAGUGAACAGAACCCCCCGGGUAGGGUGGCGUGCAGUUCCACCUGCAAAAAGGGUCGAGUAGGCCGAGGUGUUGGUGCCCGCACGGUGGUUAGCUAGCAAGUAGCAAGUGAGUAGUGAAAAUUGUUCGCUAGUGUGUGCGCGCGCGACAGUGAGGAAUUGCAUUGGUUCGCCUUCAUUGUGGUGUGUGCGUGCGUUUCGUCUGCUGCCUGUGUUUCUGCUGCUGUUGCCGAAGUAGUGUGUGCUCUUUUGGUGCCGGGGCCUAGGGAGUGAAAAAUAAUGAGUCGCCAUGAAGGGGUCAGCUGUGAUUCGUGCUUGAAAAGUAACUUCCGUGGAAGGCGAUACAAGUGUCUGAUCUGCUAUGAUUACGAUCUGUGCGCGACCUGCUAUGAAGAGGGUGCGACUACAACCCGCCACUCGACCGACCACCCGAUGCAGUGCAUACUAACGCAAUCCGAUUUCGAGCUGUACUAUGGAGGUGAAGUGCUGCCGGCCGACCAGCCACAGUCCUUCACCUGCCCGUACUGCAAGCGCAUGGGGCUGAGCGACUCGGCACUGCUGGAGCAUGUCAGUGCGGAACACACCGAUACCGGACUGGAGGUGGUAUGUCCGGUCUGUGCCGCACUGCCCGGUGGAGAGCCUAACUUUGUGACGGAUGAUUUUGCACGGCACCUGAGUCUGGAGCAUCGGAGCGGUUCUCGGGAUCUCAUCUCGUUUCUGGAUGAACCGUCAGCGAUCCGGCAUGGAGGUGUUAGAAGAAUACCCCACUCGGGCCGCGCGCUUGGUGGGCCACGAUCCAGGCGUUCCAAUAUGCACUUCAGUUCGUCCGGUGGCGGUUUAUCCACACUGUCCCCGUCGGGCAGAGAGUCGGUUGACCCGAUAGCAGAACUAUUGCAGCAGCUGUCCAAUGUUCGCCGUGGAGGCGCACCGCAACCAUCGCAGCUGCAGCAACUACAAAUGCAAAUUCAGCUCGAGCGACAGCAAGUCACCGCCGCUCGUCAACAGUUGGAACGACUACCAAGACGACAGCAGCAACCGGCCGUCGUGUCCUCCGCCCCGAACGCAACCGGUGUCAACAACAAUGCGAUCGGUGCGACACAAGCCAAUCCGAACCAUACAAUCAUCACACUGAACGCCGGUGGCCGCGAUGGACCGAUCGCAGCAUCCUCCUCGUUGCCAAUGGUGUCCACCGGGGUGGGAGUGUGCAAUGUACCGGGUUCGGUCGGAAGUGCCUCCGGCGCCGGUUCCAGUGCGCAACAGUCGCAGUUUCUGAUGACCCGGUUCAUGGUGCCUACCAUGGACGAUGCCGAGCAAACACAGCUGGGACGUGAUAGAGCGGACAGAUCCCAAUUUGUUCAAGCUUUAAUGUUAUCAACCAUCGCAAACGUGCAGCCGUUUAACAAAUGCGCCGACGAGGAGCUGUCCGAUGAGUUGAGUUCAAUGAAUUUAGGCGUUGGUGGUAGUACGUGCAGUACCGUUAACAGUAGUGUAAAAAGGCCAGCAUCGGACGACGGUGCCGAGACGGGUGAGCUGCUGCAGGAUGGUAGCGGCAACGUUGGUGCUACGGACAGUAACUACGGCAAGGAGGAUGGAAAUUGUGAUAGUUUCAAGCUGGGUGCCGAUUCCGCCAACGGGGGCACGAAUGACGAUACACCGAACAUGAUGCAUCCGUCGGCCCAGCAGCAUCCGUUGGGCCAUCGUGGCGGGCAUGGUGGAUCCGGCAAAGCGAAAAGUGGUAGCUCGACUAAGUCGGGCACCGGAGGAGGCGGAGGUGUCGGUGGCCCGGUUGAGCGCAGAGCGUCCCGCCAAACUCCACCGUCCGGUGGUGGUGGUGGUGGUGUUGGCAAUAAUGCGGCCAAAGCCCGCGAACUGAAGCAAGCAAACUCUUCGUCAAACACUUCCACGUCGGUGUCCUCGAGACAGCAGCACCACGUGCCCGACUCUAGGUAGUGUUGUUUGGUUGGUAAAAUGAUAUAAGUUAUUUAGCAAGCAUGAGCCAGCAAGGGGUGCAGCAUAAAAAAAAACGGAAGCAGCAACAGCAGCCGUAGUAACAGUAGUCACACAAACAAAAACCAACAUUAUCUAUUUGUCCUCUUAAUCCAUUGAAUAAGGUGUAAGGGAUGAGAUGAUGGCAAAACAUUCGGAAUGGUUCCGCACGACUGUAAAGGAAAUAAUUUAUAGGAAGAGUAGCUAAGAGAGGCAGUGGGACGAGAGGGGAGCAGCAGCAGGAUACCACGGAGCAAAAUGGAAUAAUGUGUCGGCCUCGCCUGCAGGUGUGUUUGCGUGCGUGCGUGUGUGUAAAAACAAAGCCAUGCACACGAGCCUGGCAAUGCUGUAAAACAAAAACGUAAAAAAAUUAUUAUGUGUGAUCACCAAAACAAAAUGGCAGAUAGAGAAUGAUUUUGAAAUUCGUCGAAAGCAAAUUAUAGAGAGCCAGCACUACUUGAUAACGUUACAGAGAAGCAUAUAGAAUUACACAUACAGCUCGCAAACUAUGGGAACCGAAAUUCGGAUAUAGGAAAUUCAUGCCACAACAAGAAACCGGACACAUGAACUAAAUAUAGCUAUCUUUGUAAUAAGGGAAUGGAAAACCGUAACACAGGAUACGAUUUAGUGCAGGUGAAAAGCCGAACCAUAUUGGGAUGAGUUUUGAAGAGCACAAAAACCCUUCGAAGGAAGUGUUGUGCGCUUAUAGAAGGCAAGCCGAUGGUCACGCUAUCUUUAAAUUCAAACUCUUUUAAUCCAUCCAUCUCUGUUGUUUAUGCGUGCGUGUACAGUGCAAAAAUUGCAAAUCUUUCAAUUAUUUGUCCCGUUAACGGACACGGUUUGUUUGGUUGUUUUUUGUUUCUUUUGCGAUGAAAUAAUGUUUAUAAUUGUAUAACUUUGUUUUAUUUAUUUUAUAAUUUUCACUGUACUUUUUGAACUUACAUUAGUUAGCAUCAUGAAAUGGACUAGCUUCCGGUAACUUCACUCAUAAAAACGAACCCGCACUAUAAGAUUUUGUGUUUUGAAUUGAACGUUGCGAUACAGAUACGCAAUCGUUGGGAUUCCGAUCCGGUAAGAGACACACACUUUCGAUCGAACAAUUGUGCUGAUACUUCCUACUCUUGCGGAUUCUGAGCAUAAGGCAUCUUGGUUCGUGUUAGUAUACCAUGUCUUAGUAAGGACGCAGUGUGUGGUUUAACAGAUGAUGGAUAAAUCAUUAAUCAUUGCGCAAAUGAAAUCAUACGACCCAAAAGAAGCACCAUGCCAAGCUGAGAUAACCUAUAAGCUUAGCACUAGUAAUAACCGAGAAUAUAUGGACCUGAAGUCAGUGUCGGCGGGAGUGUCGAGAGGUGUGUGUGUGUGCGAGACACGCAAGUGAUUGAGAUAUCGUUCGCGAAGAAAGAGAGAGGGAGAGAGAGGCCAUUCAUAGUCGUGUUUGUUGGAUAUUUCUUAAAAUUUCGGUUAGAAUUAUAUUACUUCAUUACAAAUGGUCCACGUACUUUGUGUGCACUUCCAGAAAAAAAGAGAAACACUUUGUGGCAGCCCUUUGAACGGAAGACACACAGAUACAGUGAAAUGAAAUUGCACAUCCAUACAAGAUAUUGCAACAUCCCAGAUGUUGCAAGUUAGUUUAAUUUCGCUCGACUGAUUCAUCAAUGGGGGAAGAUUCAGCUUGUACGAUGUAUGCUUUAUCCGAAUUCGUAACGGAGUCCGCAAACAGCACUACAGUAUAAGACCGCAUGUGUACAUUUAUAUUUUUCUUCGUUUACUCCGUUGGGGUUUAGUUUGGCAAGCAUUGGUUUCAUUGCCUAAAAUCAGAACGUUUGCUCAUGUUUUUUUCUUUGUUAAUAUGUUUUUUGGUUCAUAGGUGAUCAACGGUCGGACUGUAAAGCCAAACGGGGUUCGGCGGCAUAUGCGGGCCGGUUUUUCAUUUUUGGAUACUAUUUUCCCUGCUGAAUUCAUACACAUGGUUCUGACAACAACAACAACAAAAGUAUAUUUAUCUAGCGCUUGUAUAGAAAUUUAAAUUUUAAAAACAAUCGAUAAUUACAACAACAAAAAAACAAGUAAUAUUUCAAUGUUGAAAAUAAAGCAGAC